UAUUACCCAACCGCAGAAGUAUGUUUGGGAGAAGUGAUCCCACAAACUCGAACAAUGGUCGCACCCAGAAUAGACUAUGAUUUUAAACCGGGUACUUACUACGCUCUUAUCCUGAUAGAUCCCGAUGUACCAUCAUCGCACGCCCCCACGCUUCGCAGCUACCUGGUUUGGUUUCUAGCGAACAUUUGCGUCGACGAAGAAUCUGGGCAGCAAGUGUACGAGACUGUCGCGUGCUACGUCCCGCCUACGCCGUACCCAGGCUCAGGGUUGCAUCGGUACACUGCAAUGCUUUACAAGCAAGCCUCAGUGAUUGAUCUUAAACUAUUGGCGUCUAGACGUUUGGGCGUAAAACGCUACAAGUUUGACGUGAUCUCCUUCGCCAAGCAACUCGGCCUGGGUGACCCGGUAGCUGGCAACAUCUUCCGAUCCAAGAUCCCAGCGGUCUACAACGAAUAUUAUUGUAUAAACUCCACAACAUGUCAGAUAAUUUUUUGA